AUGAACACCCAUCAAGCACAACAACGCCAACAUCAGCGAGGCCCUUUCCCAGGCGGCGCAACUAUCUGGAUGACCAUGCUCACACCGCUAAUCACGCUUUCGCCAACCCGCCAACCCCUGCUCUUCAUUCUUGCUGUCGCUCUCAUCUUGCUCAGCCUAUCACUCUUCCGCCUCGUCAGGGUGCUCAGACGUGAACCAAUUUCUUGUCGGCCUCCGCCCUCGCCCAAGAAUCCAACCCAUUUACUAGUUGUGCUUGGAUCUGGAGGACACACCGCAGAAAUUCUCAACAUCCUGAGCCAAUAUCAUCGAUUGCAGCACGACUUCACUACCCGGACCUAUGUGGUCAGCUCAGGGGACGAUUUCUCUGCGUUCAAGGCGAAAGAAUUUGAGGCUGAGAUGUUGUCGAAUCUCAAAAAGUCCUCGCCCUCGUCCAUCUUGGAGGACGCCGCCUCGAAGUACAGCGUGGUAACAGUCCGUCGCGCGCGACGUGUGCAUCAGUCCCUGCUCACAGCUCCCAUCACGAGCCUCCAAUGUCUGUGGGACUGUCUCGCUGUCCUUCGCGGCACGCAUCGAGAUUUCCAACCACAGUCUGACAGGAAAACUCCACCGCCCUAUCCUGAUCUGAUAGUGACCAACGGACCGGGGACCGGGGUAAUCGUCUUCCUUGCAUCGAUCAUCCUCUUAUUCUUCGGCUUUUCAGGUCCUUCCGCCGCUGGGUCCGGAGAAAAGUUUGCGCAAUCUGGGCAAAUGCGUACUAUCUUCAUCGAGUCCUGGGCACGCGUGAGAACGCUCAGUCUAAGCGGGAGGCUGUUGAACCCAUUUGUGGAUCGGUUUCUUGUGCAGUGGCCCCAACUCUCCGUGGGGGAGGGGAAAGGCAGGGGCGCGGAGUUUGUAGGGAGUCUGGUUACUUGA